CACAAAUAGACAGGGACAGGAUUGUGGACACCUGGUUCGACUUUGGAUCCCUACAAUAGAAGUGGCUCAGAGGACUGUCUCAAUACAGGAUGGGAACCAACCCAACAAGGACAGUGACAGUCCAAAUGGUCCCUCAUCUGGCUGGAGUGGAAGCUCUGGGAAACCAGGAGUCUAACGUCAACUGGGCUAAAGAACCUAACCUGAACCUCACCCAGGGUUGCCCUGCCCCCACCACUACUACUACCCCUGUCCUUACAGAACACACACAGGUUAACCUGUGUCUGACAACCCCCAACACAACCUCCAGGAUCCAAUCAACUGGCCAUGGACAACCGGUUGGCGGCGGAGUGGGGUCCAACACCAACACAACUUUCUCGACCAAUGGCGACGGAGGGAAAUCGCCAUCGGAGCAUGUGAUUGGAAUAGAGCAGCAGAUGGUAUUGACAUGCCGAGGAGGUGUGAGUGUAACCGAGGCGACGGCAGAGGGCCAUAGGGACGGCAACGCCAAUUUGACAGCGUUAACCCCCACAGCCGCCGCCGAGGAGAAGGAGAAGCAUAUCUGUAAGGCCAGCCUGUCGUCCGCCAUUACAUCAUCAAAGGUUGACGUGCAUACAAAUGACUGCAGAGAGAAAGAGCCUGGUGGAGCAGGGGCGGGGGAGGGGUGUGCAGCCAAGCCAUCGCCAGAGCCCACAGCAGUACAGAGUGCUACAGUCACAGUUUCUGCAGUAGCUAAAGAGGAGUCACUACUAGAAGGGGACAACAAAAACGCAACCACACCAAAUCAACAUCCCCCUCAGACCUGUGAUCCAAAGCAUACCUCGGCCUCUGAAGUGCUGACGUCUCUGACGACUCCCAAACAAGGUAAGGCAGAGGGAGCUGCAGUGACUUCAAACAAGGUUGCUCCACCUCCUUACAAAUCAAAAGAGGCUGAUAAUAGUACUACAACACAGAGUCUCUCACCUUUACCUAGCCCUGCCACCAACCGUACUCCACCAGAACGUCCUCUACAGGCCUCUAAAGAAAAUAGGCCCAAGACAAACUCUCAGAACCCUCCUUCCCAAAUGGAAUAUAAUAAAACGGCAGCUACAUCGCAGCCGGAACAGACCAAGGAGACUGUAGUAGCUCCUGUCAAUGCUGCCGUCACCAUCACGCCUCCAUCAUCAGACAGCAAGGAGAACGUAGGGCUUAGGAAUAAGGCCUCAAGUCCGGCACCUCCCGAGAAGAUGGAUUUAAAACCUACUCCAGUAGCAAAGACAGAGAUCUGCUUAGAUAAACACCUGCAGGCGGCAUCGUCAGAGUCUUCAUCACAGAAGGAUUCUCCCUCGUCACCCAACGAGGCCCAACAGAACCAACAGCCGGAGGCCCAACAGAGCCAGAACCAACAGCCUGAAGCCCAACAGGGCCAGAACCAACAGCCUGAGGCCCAACAGGGCCAGAACCAGCAGCCUGCCCACCAUGCAGCACAGGUGACAGACGAAGCCGUCCAGACUGCCUCGGUCUCGGAGGAGAUGCAACAGAAAGCCCACUGCAAACUAUACCGGGAGGCCUCCACCAUGACCCGCACCCCCAUCGCCACCCCCACCCAUAGCAAGCAGGGCCAAGACGUGGAGGUCCAGGCAGUGGCUGACGUGUGCAGCCGGGCGGUCUCCACCAGCCCCAGCCUGUUUCCUCUGCCCCCGCCCUACAGGUCCACUGACAGAGGUGCUGCCCUGAGGGAGGAAGCAGCAGCUGAGAGCCUGUCUGUGGUCUACCAGGUGCCCCUCCACCAGAUUCACAUGGGCAGCAGUCCAUCCUGCCCCCCGCCACCUAACUACACCGCAGGUCUCAGGUCCGGGUCAGAGCGAUUGACCCUGGAGGCGGGGUUAUGCUCCAGUCAGAGUGCCGGGGUGGUGCUCCAUGCAGAGGAGGCGGUGGCGGCCCUCCAUGCAGAGGUCGCCAGGCUGGGGGCCAAGCCUAAAGAUCUGGCAGUCGGGGGGGCAGCAGCGCUAUGCAACAUCCAGCAGAGAGGAGCACUCCCGCCUCUGCAGCCCGUCUACCAGAUCAACAUCGAGCCGAGCGGCGGCCGAAACGAGCCGGUAGCUAAAGCAAAUCAUCACCAGCAUGGAGGCGAGAAGGCAGUGGCAGACUCCCAAUCCAAACCCAAUGCAGCAGAGAAACCAAAGGUGUCUAAUGAAGCGCAGACCGUGCCAACGCAGCCUGCCAAGCCUCCCUCUGCUAAAGCUCCAUCCCCCUUGUCGCCAACUGCCGCAAGCAAGACCAAAUCCUCCGACAAUAAGGCUGCUCCUCCUCCUUCGCAGUCAACUCCUUCCGUUACCAAGAACAGCCAGGCCUCAACGACAACCUCCAAAAAAGCAGAGGACGCUAAACCCAAGAUGGCAGUGAAAGCAGCGAAGCAGAGCAUUGUUAAGGGGGUUGGGGGCGUUAAGGCUUUGUUGGGCAAGAAGAAGCAGGAGCAGCUGGAGCCGGAGAGGAAGGAAAAGGAGGGCGAAGACGAGGAGGGGAAACAGAAAGGAGAGAAGAGCGUGCACGAUGUGCUGUGGGACGAGCAGGGGAUGACCUGGGAGGUGUACGGAGCAUCCGUUGACCCCGAGUCCCUUGGCUUUGCCAUUCAGAGCCACCUCCAGUGUAAGAUCAAAGAACAAGAGAAGAAGGUCGUGACCCAGUCAUCACUCAGGAAGUCCAUCUCAGUGCCGCCGGUGGUGCCCGACUCGCCCGCCACCGUUGCCGUGGACGACGCCAACAGCAGGAAAAACAAGAGGAGGCAGCAGAACGUUUUCAGGUCCAUGCUGAAAAAUGUCAGACGGCCCAAGUGCUGCGCGCACCCUCCCCCUACCGCCGUGCUGGAGUGAGAAGGAGAAGCAGCGGGCUGUAUGCAGCCCACACCCGCCCCCUACCGCCGUGCUGGAGUGAGAAGGAGAAGCAGCGGGCUGUAUGCAGCCCACACCCUCCCCCUACCGCCGUGCUGGAGUGAGAAGGAGAAGCAGCGGGCUGUAUGCAGCCCACACCCUCCCCCUACCGCCGUGCUGGAGUGAGAAGGAGAAGCAGCGGGCUGUAUGCAGCCCACACCCUCCCCCUACCGCCGUGCUGGAGUGAGAAGGAGAAGCAGCGGGCUGUAUGCAGCCCACACCCUCCCCCUACCGCCGUGCUGGAGUGAGAAGGAGAAGCAGCGGGCUGUAUGCAGCCUACACCCUCCCCCUACCGCCGUGCUGGAGUGAGAAGGAGAAGCAGGGGGCUGUAUGCAGCCCACACCCUCCCCCUACCGCCGUGCUGGAGUGAGAAGGAGAAGCAGCGGGCUGUAUGCAGCCCACACCCUCCCCCUACCGCCGUGCUGGAGUGAGAAGGAGAAGCAGCGGGCUGUAUGCAGCCCACACCCUCCCCCUACCGCCGUGCUGGAGUGAGAAGGAGAAGCAGGGGGCUGUAUGCAGCCCACACCCUCCCCCUACCGCCGUGCUGGAGUGAGAAGGAGAAGCAGCGGGCUGUAUGCAGCCCACACCAUCAGCUGAGUCCCCUAUAAAGCAGGCUGGUUCACCCCUUGUUAUGGUUCCUCCAUUGCCAAGCCAUGUGUGGAUAUUGGGAUCUCUCCCUAACCCUACUGGUCAGAUGUUGUGGUAUACAAUGUUACCUUAGAUAGGGUUGAUGAUUAUCAACAGAAGAGGGCAAAACAAAAAGCUAAAAUAGGUUCUUGUUAUGGACAACUUAUUUUUUAGAUGAGAGAUUCUAACAGUAUUUAAUGAAAAAUGGCAAUAAUAUUAUCUUAGUGAAACGCAUGUGUGUUAGUACUUAUGGCAGUCAUAACUCAUUUUACCACUAUGAAGUCCUGGUGUAUACAGUACAUGCCUCUGAUCUUUGGGCGUACAUACAUAUUACUGUCAGUAUCAUACCUUUUACAGAUGUGCACCUAAAUAUCACUACUUCUCAGUGCAGUGGGUGCAUUUUGGUAUAUAUACAGUACGAUUACGUUCCGGGUCUAUUGAACAACCUCUAUUUAUAAGACGAAUAUAUUAUGAUUAGUUUUUUUGUUGCAGAUUUUAUUUUGAAUGGGUAACUACUUAUUUUGUCUUGAUAAAGAAGAAGAAUAAAACCUCUGCUGUGCUCAUUUCCGUAUGUCUUAUAUACAAUAUAACACUGGGCCUGUGUGCAUUUAGGUGCUCUAUAUUUAGUCUCUGUUCUCUCCGUUUUUGAUUUUAAAAAACUCAAGGUCGAAAACUGAUCUACAGCCGAGCAGUUUUUGUCU